CGCUCCCUCUCUCCUCCCUCUCGUCGCUCUUUUCCUCCCUCCCUCUCUCUCUGCCGGCCUCAUCGGAGAGAGUUGCAGUUCCUUCUGGGCCUGUGUGGACUAGGGGCACAACGCGGCGCCUGACUGGCAGGAGGGGAAAGCGGAGACUCCUUCAGGUUUCCAAAGAGGUCCGAGUGGACAGCAUUAGGAAAUCUUGAAGAGUCUUACACUUUUAAUCCUCCAGUCCUUAACUGUGCUAUGAGGACAUUCUGGUGAGGGGGUGGGAGUAAAAAACAACUGUUUUCCUCACCAUUUACAACCAGUUAAGAAUUUGACUGACAGAAUGUUGGCACCAGCUGUGGCAGAACUGAUCAGCCUCAACUCCAAAUCUCUAUCCUGAGACAAAACAACAGGAUGUGCCUUGGAGAAGAAUCUCAGGAUAGAGUUGUUUUGAUUGUGUUCCAAACCUGCAAGCUCAGGUGAAUCUCUUUGCUCUUCUUCAUACAACAGAACAGUGUCGCAGUAUUUCCCUAAAGCCUUCUUCUCUAGGAAUCUUUAAAUCAAAAUCCACAUUCGUGAGUUGGAAUUCACAAAGUUGAGGUGAGGAACUCAGUGGACAGCAGAAAAAUCUACAAAAGUGCAAAGCUCUGAAAAUACUUCAUCUGACAUUUCAGACUGGACAGACUCGCAGUGGCUUCUAAGCCAGUGAGAACAAGGCUGCCAAAGCAUGCUGGUGCCAAGCUGUCGGAUGAUGCACGUAGUCAGGCCAGUGGUGGUGCUCCUGUGCUUGCUGCUCUGUGCUGAUGCUGAAACACCACCAAAGUUUACAAGAACUCCCGUUGACCAGACAGGAGUUUCAGGAGGAGUUGCCUCAUUCAUCUGUCAAGCCACAGGAGAUCCAAGACCUAAAAUUGUCUGGAACAAAAAAGGAAAGAAAGUCAGCAAUCAGAGAUUUGAGGUAAUAGAGUUUGAUGAUGGAUCUGGAUCAGUUCUCAGAAUACAGCCACUGCGCACACCCCGAGAUGAAGCUAUUUAUGAGUGUGUGGCUUCCAACAGUGUUGGCGAAAUAAGUGUGUCCACGAGACUCACUGUUUUACGCGAGGAUCAAAUUCCUCGAGGUUUUCCAACCAUUGAUAUGGGCCCACAGCUGAAGGUGGUUGAACGAACUCGUACAGCUACCAUGUUGUGUGCAGCCAGUGGCAAUCCUGAUCCUGAAAUAACUUGGUUCAAAGAUUUCUUACCUGUUGACACAAGCAACAACAAUGGCCGCAUCAAGCAGCUACGCUCAGAAUCUAUUGGUGGUACACCAAUAAGAGGUGCCCUCCAAAUUGAACUGAGUGAAGAAUCUGACCAAGGCAAAUAUGAGUGUGUUGCAACCAACAGUGCGGGUACACGCUAUUCUGCCCCUGCCAAUCUAUAUGUCAGAGAGCUGCGAGAAGUUCGAAGGGUCCCACCGAGGUUCUCUAUACCCCCAACAAAUCAUGAGAUCAUGCCUGGCGGGAGUGUAAAUAUCACCUGUGUUGCGGUGGGAUCACCAAUGCCAUAUGUGAAAUGGAUGCUAGGAGCAGAAGAUUUGACACCUGAGGAUGAUAUGCCUAUAGGGAGAAACGUCCUUGAGCUUAAUGAUGUCAGACAGUCUGCAAACUAUACUUGCGUUGCUAUGUCUACCCUUGGUGUUAUAGAAGCAAUAGCGCAGAUAACUGUCAAAGCCUUACCCAAACCUCCUGGAACACCUGUGGUGACAGAAAGCACAGCAACUAGCAUAACGUUGACUUGGGAUUCUGGAAACCCUGAGCCAGUUUCGUACUACAUAAUCCAACACAAACCCAAAAACUCAGAGGAGCCAUAUAAAGAAAUUGAUGGGGUGGCCACAACACGUUACAGCGUGGCUGGCCUAAGCCCAUAUUCAGAGUACGAAUUUCGGGUAGUUGCUGUAAAUAACAUUGGGCGAGGGCCCCCCAGCGAGCCGGUGUCAACAAGGACUUCAGAGCAAGCACCUUCAAGUGCUCCACGCAGUGUACAGGCCCGUAUGCUGAGCUCCACCACCAUUCUGGUACAGUGGGAAGAGCCCGAGGAACCUAAUGGGCAAAUUCAAGGUUACAGAGUUUAUUACACCAUGGACCCCACUCAACAUGUCAACAGUUGGAUGAAGCACAAUGUGGCUGACAGCCAUAUUACCACUAUUGGGAAUCUGGUACCCCAGAAAACAUACUCUGUGAAGGUUCUUGCUUUUACUUCUGUUGGGGAUGGACCACUUUCUAGUGACAUUCAAGUCAUCACUCAAACAGGAGUACCUGGUCAACCAUUGAACUUCAAAGCAGAACCUGAGUCUGAAACGAGCAUACUGCUUUCCUGGACACCUCCACGGUCUGAUACCAUUUCCAGCUAUGAACUGGUUUACAAAGAUGGAGAGCAUGGGGAGGAACAACGGGUUUCCACUGAACCUACUACAUCGUAUCGCCUGCAAGGCUUAAGGCCAAACAGCCUGUACUUGUUCCGCCUAGCUGCACGGUCUCCUCAAGGCCUGGGUGCCUCAACAGCAGAAAUCUCAGCCAGAACCAUGCAGUCAAAGCCAUCAGCUCCUCCUCAAGACAUUAGUUGCACAAGCCCCAGCUCCACUAGCAUUUUGGUAAGUUGGAAACCUCCGCCGGUGGAAAAACAGAACGGCAUUAUCACUGCAUAUUCCAUCAAGUACAUUGGAAUUGAUGGAGAAGAUGUCAAGCCCCAUGAAAUUUUGGGAAUUUCCUCGGACAGUACCCAGUACCUUUUGGAACAGCUGGAAAAGUGGACUGAGUACCGGAUCUCUGUGACUGCUCACACUGAUGUUGGACCUGGCCCAGAGAGCUUAGCUGUAUUGAUUCGGACAGAUGAAGAUGUUCCUAGUGGUCCUCCUCGCAAAGUCGAGGUGGAGGCUGUCAACUCCACUGCUGUUAAAGUGUCGUGGCGCUCGCCUGUGCCCAAUAAGCAGCACGGCCAGAUACGAGGCUACCAGGUGCACUACGUGAGGAUGGAGAACGGAGAGCCAAAGGGCCAGCCCAUGCUGAAGGACAUCAUGCUGGCGGAUGCACAGUGGGAAUAUGAUGAUACUACUGAACAUGAAAUGAUAAUUUCUGGGCUUCAGCCUGAAACCACAUACUCUUUCACUGUGACAGCCUAUACAACUAAAGGUGACGGAGCACGCAGCAAACCCAAACUUGUAUCUACUACUGGUGCAGUUCCAGGCAAACCUCGGCUUGUGAUAAGCCACACACAGAUGAACACGGCUCUAAUUCAGUGGCAUCCUCCAGUGGAAACUUUUGGCCCGCUGCAGGGUUAUCGCCUCAAGUUUGGCCGCAAAGACAUGGAUACCUUAACGACCAUGGAGUUCUCAGAGAAGGAAGAUCACUUCACGGCCACAGAUAUUCACAAAGGAGCUUCUUAUGUCUUCAGGCUCUCAGCUAGAAAUAAAGUGGGCUUUGGGGAGGAGAUGGUUAAAGAGAUUUCUGUUCCUGAAGAGGUUCCCAGUGGAUUUCCCCAAAAUCUCCACUCCGAAAGCUCUACUUCUACAUCAGUCCAAUUAACUUGGCAGAUGCCACUCUUGGCAGAAAGAAAUGGCAUUAUCACCAAGUAUACCAUCUUGUACAGAGAUAUCAAUGUUGCUUACCAGCCAGUUGAACUCCCUGUUGUUCCUGCUGAUACCACUAUGACACUUUCUGGCCUAAAACCAGAUACCACUUAUGAUGUAAAAGUACGUGCCCACACAAGCAAAGGGCCGGGUCCAUAUAGUCCAAGUGUCCAGUUCAGGACACUACCCGUGGAUCAAGCAGUGUUUGCAAAAAAUUUUCAUGUUAAAGCAGUAAUGAAGACUUCUGUUUUGCUGUCCUGGGAAAUUCCAGAAAACUACAAUUCAGCUUUGCCUUUCAAAAUCCUUUAUGAUGAUGGGAAAAUGGAGGUUGAUGGACGUGCCACUCAAAAGCUGAUCACAAACUUGAAGCCAGAGACAUCAUAUUCAUUUGUCCUGACAAACAGAGGGAAUAGUGCUGGGGGUCUUCAGCACAGAGUAACCGCAAAGACUGCCCCAGACGUGCUUCGCACAAAGCCAGUCUUCAUUGGGAAGACCAACUUGGAUGGCAUGAUAACUGUGGAACUUCCAGAAGUACCCUCAAAUGAGAAUAUAAAAGGCUACUACAUAGUUAUUGUGCCUUUGAAGAGGUCUCGUGGAAAGUUUAUCAAACCAUGGGAGAGUCCAGAUGAAAUGGAAUUAGAUGAGCUGCUUAAGGAGAUAGCUAGGAAACGCAGAAGCGUUCGUCUUGGGAGGGAAGUUGAAUUAAAGCCAUAUAUUGCAGCUCACUUUGAAGUUCUUCCCACGGAAUUCACAUUGGGGGAUAAGAAGCAUUAUGGUGGAUUUGAGAAUAAGCAACUGCAGAGUGGUCAAGAAUAUGUCUUCUUUGUAUUGGCUGUAAUGGAGCACUCAGAAUCUACCAUGUAUGCAACAAGCCCAUAUUCAGAUCCUGUUGUGUCAAUGGAUCUUGAUCCCCAACCAAUUACAGACGAGGAAGAAGGCUUGAUUUGGGUUGUUGGACCAGUUCUUGCAGUGGUGUUUAUCAUCUGUAUUGUUAUAGCUAUACUUCUUUAUAAAAGUAAACCUGACAGGAAGAGGGCUGAAUCUGAUUCUAGGAAGAGCAGCAUACCCAACAGCAAGGAGGUCCCCUCUCACCAUCCCACAGAUCCAGUGGAGCUGCGACGCCUUAACUUUCAAACUCCGGGUAUGGCCAGUCAUCCCCCAAUACCUAUCUUGGAACUUGCAGAUCACAUUGAAAGAUUGAAAGCAAAUGACAAUUUGAAGUUCUCACAGGAAUAUGAGUCUAUUGAUCCUGGCCAGCAGUUCACAUGGGAACACUCUAACCUGGAAGUAAACAAACCAAAGAAUAGAUAUGCGAAUGUAAUUGCAUACGACCAUUCUCGUGUUCUACUCUCAGCAAUAGAAGGCAUCCCGGGCAGUGACUAUAUCAAUGCCAACUACAUAGAUGGAUACAGGAAGCAGAAUGCUUAUAUCGCAACGCAGGGGGCACUGCCAGAAACCUUUGGCGACUUCUGGAGAAUGAUGUGGGAACAACAAGGUGCAACAGUCGUCAUGAUGACAAAACUAGAGGAGAGGUCCAGGGUGAAGUGUGAUCAAUACUGGCCAAGCAGAGGCACAGAAACUUAUGGACUAAUCCAAGUCACCCUUUUAGACACUGUUGAAUUGGCAACGUACUGUGUUCGUACAUUUGCACUUCACAAGAAUGGCUCAAGUGAGAAAAGGGAAGUGAGGCAAUUCCAGUUCACUGCCUGGCCUGACCAUGGUGUCCCAGAACACCCAACACCAUUCUUGGCUUUCCUGCGACGAGUCAAGACUUGCAACCCACCUGAUGCUGGACCUAUGGUUGUGCAUUGCAGUGCUGGAGUCGGCAGGACUGGCUGUUUCAUUGUGAUAGAUGCCAUGUUGGAGAGAAUAAAGCAUGAAAAGACUGUAGAUAUUUAUGGCCACGUAACUCUAAUGAGAGCACAGAGGAAUUACAUGGUUCAAACUGAGGACCAAUACAUCUUUAUCCAUGAUGCACUGCUGGAAGCAGUGACAUGUGGAAAUACCGAAGUGCCAGCCAGAAACCUGUAUGCAUAUAUCCAGAAGCUGACACAGAUAGAAACAGGCGAGAAUGUCACAGGAAUGGAACUGGAAUUCAAGCGUCUUGCUAGCUCUAAGGCUCACACUUCAAGAUUCAUCAGUGCCAAUCUUCCAUGUAAUAAAUUCAAAAAUCGCCUUGUCAAUAUUAUGCCAUAUGAAUCCACAAGGGUAUGCUUGCAGCCUAUCCGAGGAGUAGAAGGCUCUGAUUAUAUUAAUGCCAGUUUCAUUGAUGGAUACAGACAACAAAAAGCUUACAUAGCUACACAGGGUCCUUUAGCAGAAACAACUGAAGACUUCUGGAGAAUGCUCUGGGAGCAUAACUCUACAAUUGUGGUCAUGCUCACUAAGCUACGAGAAAUGGGCAGAGAAAAAUGCCACCAGUACUGGCCUGCAGAGCGCUCAGCCAGAUACCAGUAUUUUGUGGUAGAUCCAAUGGCAGAGUACAACAUGCCACAGUAUAUUCUGAGGGAAUUCAAGGUUACAGAUGCAAGGGAUGGCCAGUCCCGAACAGUGAGGCAGUUCCAGUUCACUGACUGGCCAGAACAAGGAGUGCCAAAGUCUGGAGAAGGAUUUAUUGACUUCAUUGGCCAAGUGCAUAAAACAAAAGAGCAAUUUGGUCAGGAUGGACCAAUUUCUGUUCAUUGCAGUGCAGGUGUUGGAAGGACUGGAGUAUUCAUAACCCUAAGCAUUGUGCUAGAAAGAAUGAGAUAUGAAGGCGUUGUAGACAUCUUCCAGACUGUCAAAAUGUUAAGGACACAGCGGCCAGCCAUGGUACAGACAGAGGAUCAAUACCAGUUCUGCUAUCGAGCCGCACUGGAGUAUCUGGGCAGCUUUGAUCACUAUGCAACAUAAAAACCCAUUGUGGAUUUUUAUUGCAGGCCCUUUAAGAUCCAGAGAGCCGCUUCUGAGCCAUACAAUGUGCUUUAGAAGUACUUCUUAACUCUUAGCUAAGGAGCAAUUAUUGGGGAUAUAUAAAAUAAAAAAUAAUAAAAAAAGAAACAAAUGAACAAAAUAUUGGGGAUAUAUAAAACAAAAAAACAACAAAAAAAAAACCCCACCCAACAAGAAGUAUUCCAUGUGGACCAAGAAUUCACAGUUUAAUAACCUAACCAUAAUAAAAGAAUCCUGACCACUGAGGCGUCUGAAGGAUCUCAUUUACAGAUACCUCAAGGGUUCGACAUUGGUUGAAGUUAAAGGGAAGAGGAAACUUAAUCAGAAAGAGUGAUCAUCUUAUUCAGGAUUACAUGAUUUUGCAAAGAAGAGUUUUGAGAACUGCAGUUCAGUGCAAGAUGUUUGUUGCAAGGUUGGGUUCUGGCUUCUCAAACAAAGCGGACUCUUUACUUCAACAUCACCGUUUCCCAUCAUACUGCUCAUCAUAACACUUAAGGGAAAAUGUGGGAAUGUUUAAAAAGAAAGUCCUUGAUUUAGUUUUUUAGUAUUGUAAAGAUACUGCUGACCUGUGCUUCAUUUUUAACUGUGUAAACUUUUUCCUUUUUUUAACAAGAGUGUAUCAUUCGAUGAAGUGAAUUAAAGAAAAGGUUGCAUAACUGUUAAUAUUUUUGUUUAAAAAUGUAGAUUUUUUUUAAGCUGUAGAACUGUUAUCUGUAAUAUUGUGCUGUAGAAAUGUUAGAUACUUUGAAAAUUUGCACAUUUUUGUGCAGUCCUACAGUACCACAGUCUUGUUAGAUAUGAAUUCUGUAGUUUUAUU